AUGGCCGGCAUGGGCUACGGUGCCACGCUUGUCGCAUGUCGUGGGGAAGAACGGCUCGUUGAGAUCGAUGUGGUUGGCUUGGAUGGCAGCAGCUUCCGGCUCGGUCCCGUCUCUGAGUCUCUCACCGGUGCUCAACUCUUGCAACGGAUCGCACAGCUGGUGCCGAAGGUGGCUGGGAGAGUGCGGGUGCAGAACGGCUCGGAAGCGCUUUCACUGCAAAAGACUCUAAAGGAACAAGAUCUGGUUGGGGAAUCACCUUGUGUGUCCUACAUCUAUGAACCAUCCAGCUUACAGGAUGCCUGGAACCUGCUACAAGGCUUGCCAGCCGAUGAUCCAGCUCUCCGGGCACUGGAAGGAAUCAGCCACAUGGAAGGAGUGGAAGCGGCACGGCUCAAUGAGCUGAGGAUUCUUCCCCAAAGCCUUCGGAGUCUCAGCUUCUGCGAUCAUCUCAACCAGUGUCAAAUGGAGCACGUCCAAUGGCCGAGUGGCUUACAACGUCUGGUGUUGGGUGACGGCUUCAACAAACGCUUGGAUCACGUGGCUUGGCCCAGUAGCCUUUGCAGUCUGACCUUGAGCGCUUCCUUCAACCAGACUGUGGAGGGAGUCAGGAGCUGUUGGAUGAUUGGAAGGCUUCUUUUGCACCUCCCCAGGACAUGGAUCGCGGGGAUGCUUGGCUCAACGCUGCUCGUGAGGCACAACUCCAGACCAGUGGGCUGGCCGCAAGGAGACCAGCGUUGCUCAUGCUACUGCUGA